AUGGAAAACUUUUUACGAAAAUUCCCCUUUCUAGUGCAACUAAACCCGUAUUACUUCACUGGGCUCUACAAACAGGCAUACCAUUUUCGUUUUUAUUUUCCACAAUUUCCUAGCACCAGAAACAACAGAACAGCCGUUUUUUGUGGAUCCACACCGAUACCGCUCAGUUCUGAUCAAGUUUCCAUCUGUGACGUCGAAGCCUUCGUAACCAGCAUACUGAAUGCGCUGGAUCAACGACACAUUGAGAAUCAAGAUCAAAAAGAAUCGGGCGCUUUAACCGAUAUUGCAUUUGACUUGCUAUCAGUCCAAGAGCGGUACCAAUGUGAUGUUACGUUCAACGGUAGCUUCAAUAUCGUAGAAAUUAGCAAUUUACGAAAUUGGAAAAAGCAUUCAAUCUCCCUCAGCCACACCUCGAACGGGCAAUUUAAGAUUGUGCAGCACACUCUGCCGGAUCUUGUCAUCACCGAAGCGUUCACACGCCAGGCAACGCUAGAACGGCAGAUGCAAAUUUUUGUGGAUGUGCUCGAUCAAUUAAAAGAGUUCUACAACAAUCUCAGCAUGAUUGAUGAACUCUGCUACGUCGUUUACCCCAUUCAUAUUGACACAAGGACUUCGUGGCGAAUUUUCAAGUACGAUCAAAAGGUGUUCCUUAAAAUUGUACUGCAUCCGCUCCAGCCUUCGUCGAUAGACAUCACAUUCAUUGGACCCACGAGACUUGUGUCUAAAUUACGAGAAAAGUACAAUGAAAAGCAAGAAGAAUGGGACACAGAAAGUCGUGUUUAUACGAAUUUGGUCAGAAUAUUCGACAUCAUUUCUUUUCCCAUACGACCGAUGCAACUCGCUGGAGCGGAGCGGAGCGAGGACGGAGACGACGCCUGUGGUAUUUGUAUGGUCUACAAGGAUUCGGACAAUCGCAUUCCGUUCAUUUCGUGCGACAAUGAAAAAUGUUCACUUAUUUUCCAUGUGUCCUGCCUAAAAGAGAAGGAAAGCAAACAAUUUUUCACUGUAUCGAUCGGAAACUGUCCGUACUGCAAGCAAAAAAUAUCCUCCAGUUUCGAUGACCUUAUAUUGUCUGUAUGA